AUGCGCUCCUUCCUCGCUGCCGCCCGCCGCCCACUAAACCGCCCCUUAUCCAUCGUCAUAACCGAAUAUCUACCAGAGGCGGAGGGAUUCAGAGGAGGAGGUGAGCAAAUCAGGAUGCUGGCACUCCUUGUCGGGCACGAUGAUGAGGUUGUGGGUGGAAUCGUCGAGCUGCAUGAUCUCGACACGAUUGGGGUACUGCUCGAGGAGACGGGAGAUGGCGAGGCGACACUUAUUGUCCUUGCGCAUUCGCCAGUACAUGGAGAUGCCAAUGAGGAUGAGGGUGGUGGAGUUGAAGCCGACAGCGGAGGAAAACGACGACGACUGUGA